AUGUUCCUCUCAACGCUUUUCAGCAAUUCGCCUAUUGCUCGUGCAUUGACCCUCAAUCUUUCUACUGGAGGUGGCAAUGCGACCAGCCCUAUCCAGUACGGUCUUCUCUACGAGGAUGUCUUUCACUCUGGUGACGGAGGUUUGUAUAGCGAGCUAAUCCAGAAUCGCGCAUUUCAAGGAACUUCCGUGAACAGUAAUCAGGGCCCCUUUCAAAAUCUCCAGUAUUGGCACACCCACGGAUCUGAUACUCUGAUCCUCGACAAUGACCCUCCGUUUCUGACUAGUGCACUUCCAUGCCACAUGAAAGUUGAUGUGGCCCACGGGGCAGCUGGCCCAACUGGCUUCUGGAACGAGGGCUAUUGGGGUAUGAAUGUGACAACAGCAACUCGGUAUACCUCAAGUUUCUAUCUCCGAGGCAGCUACAAGGGCAAGAUAUUGGCUGCGUUUUGGAGCAAUACAACUGAUUCUAUGCUUGGAAGCACGUCCUUCAGUGUUGACCAGACUGAAGCUGAUGGUUGGGUGCCGUACUCACAAACUUUCACACCAGAAUCUUCCGGUUCUGACGAGAAGAAUACUUUCCAUAUUACCUUCGACGGAGCCAGCGCUGCGGGAGCGACCCUCCGCUUUCAUAUGAUUAGUGUCUUCCAGCAAACAUUCAAAAAUUCACCCAACGGAUUGCGCAUGGAUCUUGCAGAGGCUGUCAAUGAACUUGGUGGGAAGUAUCUCCGCCUGCCAGGGGGGAAUAAUCUCGAAGGAAUUGCUGCUCCGUACCAAUGGAAGUGGAACGAGACGGUGGGGCCAAUCAUCAGCCGCCCUGGCCGUCCGGGGACUUGGGGCUAUGUCAAUACUGAUGGACUCGGGCUUCUAGAGAUGAUGCAGUGGUGCAUUGAUAUGAACCUUGAGCCUAUCCUUGCAGUGUGGGAUGGCUUGUAUCUUGAUGGGAAUAUUCUCACUCAGGCAGACUUACAACCAUAUGUCGACGAUGUUCUCAAUGAGCUAGAGUUUUUGACGGGACCUACCACGUCAACAUGGGGCGCCAAACGGGCCUCCUUGGGAUACCCGAGUCCUUUUAUCAUCAAAUAUCUUGAAAUCGGCAAUGAGGACUUCCUUAAUAAUGGAAUACCCACCUAUCUCGCCUAUCGUUUCAACAUGUUUUACAACGCAAUCAAGAAUAAAUAUCCCAGCAUGAAAAUAAUUUCGUCCAUCUGGGCUGGAUAUUUCACCAACCCUCCGCUCCCUGCCAACGUCAUUCAAGAUCUGCAUGACUAUUUAUCAGUGGAAGAUAUGGUUGCGAAGUUUGAUGGCUACGACCAUGCCGAUCGUAAUUACCCUGUCCUGGUUGGUGAGUAUGCUGCCAUCUAUGAUGACCAGCAUGUAAGCCCAAAUCAGCUUGACAAUCCAACUUUGCAAUCUGCAACCUCUGAAGCUGUCUAUUUCCUUGGCUUGGAAAGAAACGCAGAUCUCAUUGUCGGAAUCUCCCACGGUGCCCUGAUUAAGAGUUUGCAUGACGAGCCAGACAACGUCGCCAUGAUCAAGCAUUCUCCCAACACCGUCGUGCGAUCUAUGAGCUACUACGUAGCCAAGCUUUUCAGCACCAACUUCGGCUCGGAGACUGUCGCCGUCACUGGGGAUGUUGCAUACGGGCCGCUAUAUUGGGCCGCCACGAAGGAUGAGGAUGGGACAUUUUUUGUGAAAAUCGUGAACUACGAUGGCGCUACCUCGACCCCAAUUACGGUGGUGAUUCCGGGAAAAACAAAUGAGGCCACUUUGAAGACUUUGAGUGCUCCUUACAAAAACAGCACAAAUACACUGGGUGAUAUUCAAAGUGUUUGGACUGAGACGAAGGUCUCCUGCUCUGAAGGGCAGUAUUCCUUUACGUUGGUUGGGAGUUACGUCAGUUCCGUCUUGGUUGCAUAG